AUGGAGUCUGACAAAUCUAACGUCCAAGGCCACCAACAUGUUUUCAUGAUGCGCCAUGGCCAUCGCAUUGAUAAGUUCGAGCCACUUUGGGUGUCCACUGCUGCUCGACCUUGGGAUCCGCCGCUUCUUCUAUCUUUCGUCUCCUCUUUCCUUCGCUGCAUCCAAACCUCUUCCGAAGUAAUCGCAGCCCUCUCCACCGCGGAUACACCUAAGCUCAAGGUUUCUAUUGAAUUAAGGUUGAAUGAGAUGCUGAACACAAUAGCUAUCAAGUUGGAAGUUGCUCCCAAGGAUGGGAUAUUCGAUUUCAUGAUAUCUGACCUUGAAGCUAUAUAUGUUUCCUGA